UGCGACUGCGGCGACUCCGUCAGCGAAGCCAAGUCCCUCGGGUGCAAAUACGACACCAUCGCCGCCGCCUGGCUACCCCCCUACUGCAUCGACGCCGACCUGACCGCCGAAUUCGACCUCGCUGGCGACGGGCCCGGCGGGCGCUGGCAUUACUGGAUCGACUCGAACCAUACGGCCGAGUACUCUCUCGAGGAAGUUGGCAUGCUGGCCGAUCGUCCGGGGAGCUUCUUUUGGACGACGCCCCGGUGGCAUUUCAUGCAUUGUUUGUUCUAUUGGCGGAAGCAGCAACGGGCGAAGUUUACGGGGGUGGUGAUUGAGCGACGGUAUGAUACCGAACGACAUGUCAAGCAUUGUGGGGAGAUUUUU